AUGAGAACCGUACACCAACUCAAGCUCUAUCGCAGCUGCAUCUCCGUCUGGAACCGUCUGCGGUCGUCGCCUGCUGCCUUCUUCGAUGUCUUCUGGGACUGGACCCGGCGUUUCUUCUUUACGCUGAGCUUGCUCGCACUCUUCUCUGCCAAAUCGCUGCAUCUCUACGCGCAUCUGCAUUCCCUCCCCGCCGACAAGUUCCUGCUUUGGGGGGUCACCUUUUUUACGCAGGAUGUCGCGUGCACUCUUCUGAUCCGGAUCUGCACCCAAAAAUUCCCGUGGCGAUGGCUGGACGCUCUGGCGGCGCUGGUCGUGAUUCCGUUUAGUCUGACCAUGUCCGGAAUGGCCUCGGCCAAUAUCUCGUUCUUCGUCACCGCCGGUGCUGAGAUCAAUUGGCGACAGGCGAAAUCGUUCCACCGUGAUGCGGCGGCGAUCCGCACUCUGCUCACGGGCUUGACCGGAUUCUUGAUCGUCGAGGCGAUCAUGACGGUCAUCGCCUGGCUUGUUGCCCCUUUCCUGCACCGGCUCGUCGGCGGCGUAUUGCAUAUACUCGCCGAGCCGUUCAAGAUCCUGUUUAGACCGCUGUUCACCCGCGCUGCCAGCCUGUCGUCGCGGAUCUGGCGCAGGCGGCUCGGCAGCGAGACGCUGCCCGACCCGGACGUCUACGAGCAGAUCGCCGUCGAGGAUUAUCACGACUACAAGAGCGACGAGGAGGAUGAAUAUUCGGAUUAUUCCCAGAGGCCGCCGCAGCGCAUAUCGCUCAUCAAACGGCUGGUGGUCUGGUUGCCAUUGCUUUGUCUGGGCCUCCUGCGUAGCGUGCGGCCACCGUACCCGUCGUAUAUUUUCCUCUCCAGCGCCCUUCCGAUGACGCCGUUUGCUGGAAUGCACCGUCCAACGUUGGGCGAGCAGGCGGGGAAUAUCCCCGACUACGCCUGGCUUGAGGGUAAGACGUCGCUUGGCAAGCCCCCCAACUGGGACUGGAUGCCGGAGGAGACACUGCCUGGGUUCAGGGACUGGCACAACAAGCGCGAGCAUUAUACUCCGUCGCAAGACCCGCUGCAUCUGUCGAACCUCCAGGCACCGGUCCUGGACGAACUAAAGGACGUCCUGGCCAGCGGCGAGGUGAACAUCAAGCAUGUCAUCCUCCUCAAACUCGAGAGCACGCGAGGCGAUGUCUUUCCUCUGCGCAACGGCUCCUUCAUGUGGAAUAAGAUCGUGGACUCGUUUGACGGAAAGGAAAUGCCAGAGAGUGCUGUACGAACAGUGGCCAACCUCACUCGCACGGCCGAGUAUCUGACUGGGUUCGACUCUGGCUUUGACCAGUACCGCGACGGCGAGCGUAAAUCGUACGGCGGGAUCAGCGCCAGCAACGCCUUCACGACAGGGACAUAUACCAUCAAAUCGGUGGCCGGAACGGUGUGUGGGAUCUCACCGCUUGUCGCCGACUUUAACCGCGAGUACAAGUAUCACUUGUACAACCCGUGCAUGCCGCACGUCGUCAAUGCACUCAGCCACCAGGCCGACAUCACCAACGGCUCGGAUUACCGCACCUGGCCAUGGGAGUCGAUCUGGAUGCAGUCGGUCACAGACACCUAUGACCAUCAGGAUCUCCUGACGCCACGAUUGGGCUUCCGAGAUAUCUAUACCAAAGAGCGCAUAGAGAACCCGGGUGCAAAGCACUACCCGGUCAAGUCGAAAGAGGUCAACUACUAUGGCUACCCGGAUACAGAGCUGAAGGAGUACAUCCGUGACGCCUUCGACGACGCGGAGGAGAACAAUAAGCGUCUCUUCCUCGCCCAUCUCACCGGAACAACGCACCACCCCUGGGGCAUGCCGGACGACAACUACGAGAACAUCAUGGGCCCGUCCUUCAAGGGCAAGAACAACGAUAUGAACAAGUAUCUGAAUACGAUCGGGUUUGCAGACCGCUGGAUCGCUCAGAUCCUCGAUAUCCUGGAGGAAAAAGGCGUCCGUAAUGAGACCCUCCUCGUGAUGGCGGGCGACCACGGCCUCUCCCUCCCCAACGACGGCGGGAUUACGCCCUACAGCAACCCGCACAUUGGCUCCUUCCACGUCCCCAUCGUUUUGGCGCACCCGAAACUACCAUCUAUCGAAGUGAAGGACCCUGUCAUUUCCCUUCAGAUCGUCCCCACCAUCAUCGACCUACUGAUCGAAUCCUCUUCUCUUGGCCCCAACUCCACACAAGCGGCACGGGACAUCCGCGGGCUCUACGAGGGCCAAUCUCUCAUCCGCCCACUCUUCCAAGAGGCAAACGGCAUGCAGGACUGGCAGUUCAGCGUCAUGAAUACUGGCGGGUCGUGGCUCGCCGUCCGGUCGGCCGCACGGCCUCAGUGGCGCAUAGUCGUCCCGCUCAUCGACGACGUCGAGUGGCGGUUCACCGACAUCGAAAAGGAUCCCCAGGAGACGAAGCCGUUGACGAGCUUCAGCUUCUUCGAUCUCAUGGAUACGCUUUGGCGCGAGUAUCGGGAUGACAAGAGCAAUACUCCCGAAGAGCAUGACGAAGAGCCCGUCGAGCGCGAUGGUCAUGAAUUCUUCAAACACCCUCCUCCUCCACCUCCCCCCGGGCAUCACCCUCACCACCCUCCCCCUCCAGGCGGCGGCCCUCCUCCGCCUCCCAUCACGAUCACGCCGUCUCGUCCGCAUCCCGAAGAUGCACCUUGGGAGCCAGAGGUCGUGCGUUGGGCACGCGACGCUGCACAUAUGGCCGAAUGGUGGAUUGCAGACAACCACCGGCGGUAUGGCUAUAAGAAGCCGUGACCGGUCAGGGAAGGUUGAU